GUCGCCGAUCUUCAACAGUGGCUGAAACAAGAGAGGGACAGAGAGAGAGAGAGAUACAAUGGCGAUGAGCCUUAUGAACAGAGCAAUCUCAAGAACCGAAACGGUCGGUGCUUUCAGGGUGUCGAUUAAUCUCCUAAGGAAUUUCUCUGCGGCGCCGGCGGCAUCUCCUCCGUCGAGUGAAAACCCUAGCUCCGAUUCGAAUAAACCUAAAAGAAGAAAGAAGAAGAACUUAAUCGAAGUCGCUCAGUUCUUACCUAAUUGGGGAAUCGGAUACCAUAUGGCUAAAGCUCACUGGAACGGAAUCUCUUAUGAAAUCACAAAGAUCAAUCUCUACAAGGAUGGUAGGCAUGGAAAAGCUUGGGGAAUUGUUCACAAAGAUGGAUUGAGAGCUGCGGAAGCUCCAAAGAAGAUAAGCGGAGUUCACAAACGCUGUUGGAAGUAUAUCCCAAAUCUGUCGAAGGCUGCUCCUGCAACAAACGCUGCUGAUGUCCAGGCUACCUGAUCUGUUUACUUCCAUUGUUGUGGCUACUUCUUGAUAUAUCUGUUUGCGGAUUCGUCUUAUUCGAAGAUACAGUUGUUGUUUCUCUGAAACGUCAAUAGCUUUGUAGGAAAUGUUCCAUCUUGGUUUUGAUUUUGAUGCGUCUGAGAAUCACUGGGGAUAAGGGUUUAGCUACUUUUGAGUAUUUAGCAUGGAUUCGUUUUGUGGAAGCCUUCUGGGUUUUAAACAUUUAAUAAAAGGACCUCAAAAUUACUAAUGGCAGAUUUGGUUUGUAUCGCCUA